AUGGAGACCCGGAGUGUGAUUUUUAAACUUUUGAUGUCAUUUUACUUCAUUAAUUAUGUGCAAGGACAAGUUAUAUCGGAAAAUAUUCUUCAAAUUUUAACACGAACUUCAGGGUUUUAUAAGUUUGCACAGCUAGUUCAUAGGGCGGAACUAACAGAGUUUUUUGAAGUUUCGACCAACAUGACUGUGUUUACGUUCACUGACAAAGCUUAUUACCAGCUAACAGAGCCGUUCCUAACAAAGCUUAUUACAGAACGCAAUGAGAUAGAUAACUACAAUGUUACUGAGCUUCAAGACUACCUUAAAUUUUGUUCAGUCUAUGGAAAUCGCAUUACAACCUCCUCUCUCAGGGACAAUCAGUACGAGCUAAGCAUGAGUUCCAAUGGAGACAGACUUUAUUUUAAUCGCAUCCAGAGAAUACACACGACAGCAGGACUCACUUAUGAAACUAAGUAUUAUGUCAACGGUGUGGAGAUUUCGGAGGGAUCACGUGACAUCUCGGCCACCAAUGGGAUUGUUCAUGCUCUAAAUGGAAUCAUGCGGAAGACGAUUCAGAAGACAGUCUAUAGGUGGAUCCAAGAUCCCGAGGAUACUACCCGGCAAUUUAAGAUAUUCCUCGAUUUGAUGAGUUACCUUUAUACGAUGGACAGCAUAAAUGAAAUUUCCUCAUCAGAAAAUAUUACCACCUUGUUUAUUCCCAGUGACAGUGCAAUGCAAAAGAUACCUAUCUCCGUGCUGAUCAGACUGAAGAACGAUCCCUCAGAAUUACAACGGGUCAUUCAAGCUCAUUAUGUACGUCACCGGGCAAUUUUCACCAACUGUAUUCCUCACAAUGAGAGUUUUACUGAUGCCAACGAUCAACCAUUGACAUUUCGCAAAUCAGGUGACAAUGUAUAUGUUUACAGUGGUGGUUCGGGGACGGCAAUUAUGGAGGGUAAUAUAACGAUGUCUAACGGUGUGGUUCAUAUCGUGGAUCAGUUGCUGGGACUCGUGUACAACAACAUUCGUGAACAAAUUCAAAGAGAAUCCAUGAAAUUUGAUCAAUUAAUAAAUUUAGGCACAGAAAAAAUAAAGAGUGCCUUUGUACAGCCUUCGGGGGUAACCGUCUUCGUGCCUUUCGACAACGCCUUCCAAAAAAUUGCGAACAUCCCCUGGGCAAAUCUUACCUAUAACCAGACAUUAGCGGACAUGGUUAUUCGACUGCAUAUUUUGAUGCUCAACAACACAGUAAGAAUUGCUUCUUUGCCAGCAAUGAGCGGAUACGAUAGUCGUCAAUACAGACAAACCAUGUAUAAAAACGAAAGAGUCAUUAUCUAUAAUGACAGAGAUGAGACAUGGGUUCAGGAUGGUAACGUGAAAGCUCGCAUAAUCAAGCCGGACAUCGAGACGGUAAACGGUUUGGUCCAUAUCAUCGACUCUGUACUGGGCAUUCCCUACCUGGAUCUUCCCAUGUUGAUCUGCCAUGAUAUCUUGUUGUUGCGCACAUACGACUUUAUGAUAAGAGUUGGUUUAAAGAACUACCUGACGGACCGUAGAUUCACAGCAGAGACGUGCAGUUUUGAAAAAUCCGGCUAUCCCUUUAAUUACGUAUCAGCCGUGCAUACUAACCAGGGCACGGCCUGUCCUAUGUACUGUAUCCUGGCCCCGUAUCAGAAUCAAUACCCCUGUAACACUCUCCUAUGUCAGCCCACCCCCUGCCCCACAUACUGUGCCCAGGAAAUUUACCAAAAUCAGUACCCCUGUAAUACAGCUAUUUGUAUACCUCGGGGGUCUUACUGCCCCUCCUACUGUUCGCAGCCCGAUUUCGCUAAUACCCAGCAAUGUCUUGUGAGUUGUAACGGGAGCUCAACAACGCAGUGUCAGUAUGUCACGUACUGUAGAGACCCCAGCAAUGCCAACAAAUCUCCGUGCAACACGUAUCCGUGCAACAUGCUAAACACAGGGACACAGAGUGGCGCAGAUUACGACAUGGGAUGUUGCGGAACGAGCAGAGUGGCAUGUGAAUUCACAGUCUUCGUUCCCAAUUCUAGUGCUGUAGACUAUUUUUCACUGUCGCUUAAUGGUGUCAGAGUCAUGAUAGACACACCACGAUUUCAGUAUUUGUUUAAGCGGCUCAUUGCUCCUGGUAGAAUUUACUUAGAAAAACUUGCAAAUGGUAACCACCAGAUAAAAAUGCUAAAUGGCGAGACAAUAAAUGUCUCUAAAGCAAACGACAGAGAUGUACGGAUUUACUUUGGAGAUGCAUCAGCGAAUGUUAUUUAUAUGGACGAAGGAGCUACUAACGGAGUCAUGCAUAUAAUUGACCAGUUGCUGUUCGUUCAGGAAGAUAUUACGAGAAACAUUUCACCUCCAAAAGAGGUCAUAGAAGAAGACGAAAUGCGAAAGGGUUUUUGUUAUAAAGACACUCAAACCCUUGGGAUUCAUACUGACUGUGAUUCAAAUUCUACAAGGGUUGUAAUUGAAGAAGACUCGAAAGAUGACAAAAAAUGUCAAAACUCCCGUAACUCUGCCGAUAGAAGAGUCAUCUGUGUAGUGGGGGGCUAUGAUAAAGCGUACAGAAUGUUGACGUUUACCUUGACAUCUAACAACACAGAGAAUUCUGGGAAUUCAAUCUUGGUUAAUACCACGUGUGAUGCCGGAACUGGUCAGAGGAAAAAUAUCACAUUGUUUCCUUGUUGUAAGUAUAUCAGUUUCACAUUCAAAAAUGAAUAA